AUGAGCAAGUUCUAUUUCCAGGGAGAUAAAUCUUGGAAGGGUGAAAUGUCACGAAUGACUCUCAAGCCUGUGUAUAAUACAAGUACCCUUGUUCCCCUGUCCUCUGUGUUCAGCAAGGUAGUUACACAAAUGGUGUUCCGAAUGGACACGGCUGGUUUGGUCUCCUAUUACCUCACACCUCCAGCCUCCACAGACACCGCGCCUGGACAUUCAAAAUGUACCACGACCCUUGAGAACGACAGCGGAGAUAUUUUUAAGCAGAUAACGCACACACCGGGCUCAACCCACACUGUUCAGGGGAUACUUCCGGUACAGUACUCAUCACUUUUCGAACUCAGAGGGCUACUUCCGGUACAGUAUGUACUGUACUCCAUGACUUAUCACGGGAUUGAAGGUUCUGACAAACGCCAACAGAAGUUAUUUUGUGCAGGUACACCUACUCUUGUCUCCACCAACGUUGACCCAGGAAAUAAGAUGGGGUCCUUGGUCUUUCAAACUUGA